AUGAUUCAUUAUCACCAACAUGAUGAAGCACGCGAAGAAGAGGAUAUUGUUCUAGACGAAGAACAGGAUCAGCAACACGUACAAAAUAUCAUUACAUCCUUUGAUCCAAUCACACUCCAAAAGAAAUAUAUCUUUACGUUCGGAGGUGUUCCGGUUCCAGUUCCUCCUUUCGAAAUGACUCCUCCGAUCAUUUUGGACAGUGUUGAUGUAGCCGCUCGAAAAUUGGAAGGAGAAAUACCUGUAACAUUUUCAGAUAUUGAAUUCAUAUUCCGGAAAGAGCAAUCAUGCAUGGAAUUUUCAUGUGGUUCGGUUGAAGAAUUUCCCAAAGACAACCCAGAAAUGCCCCAAAUUGCUUUUGCUGGAAGAAGUAAUGUAGGAAAAUCUAGUUUGUUAAAUGCCCUAGUGGACUCGGAUAGAUUGGCUCGGGUUUCAGCGACACCUGGUCACACAAAACGAGUCAAUUAUUUCAAUAUUAAUAAUUUAUUGUAUGUGGUUGAUUUACCUGGUUAUGGAUUUGCAGAGGGAAAUGCCGAAAAAAUUCGAGAGUGGAAUGUUGUUUUUCGGGAAUAUUGUAUUCGAAAUACUGUGUUGAAGAGAGUUUUCAUUUUACUAGAUGCUCGAUAUGGAGUUUACGAACAAGAUUGUGAAUUUAUGGACAUGUUGGAAGAGGCUGGAAUUUCGUAUCAAAUUGUUUUAACGAAAUGUGACAAGGUUUCUCCAGAACAUUUGAAUGAAAUGAUGAAUUUCUUAUACAACGAAAUGAAAUCUGGAAAUACAUUUCGAUCCUGUUUUCCAUAUAUUUUACCAACGAGUUCUGAAAAGAUGAUUGGAAUUCAAGAUUUGAAAGCAGCAAUUAUUCGAGCGAGUGGGAUCUUGGAGAGUGGAGCUUUAUUUUCACGACAAGAACGGGAAGCACUGGCAGCUCGAAUGGAAAACAUCAUGAGAAGUACCGAACCAGAUCAUCCCUACUUUAAGCUUCGAAAUGAAAUUUUGAAUAAUACUCAAAUCAAAACUGAUGAUCAAGGAAAAUAUUCAACCCAAAGACCAACUCCUGUUGUGGCGAAAAACCAAGGACAAGAAGAUGAAGGGAUUUCCACAUCAUUAGAAACGAAUUCAACUAAAAGAACCCCGCAGGAAAAAAGUUGA